AUGGACGCCGGCGGUGAUGCUACCGAGAGCAAGGAGCAUUUUGUCCUAGUGCACGGUGCCGGCCACGGCGCCUGGUGCUGGUUCAGGCUCCUGCCCCUGCUCCGGGGCUCCGGCCACCGCGUCUCCUGCGUCGACCUUGCCGGGGCAGCCGGCAGCCGCGUCGACCCCGGCUCUGUCCGGUCGUUCGACGAGUACACCGCGCCGCUCGUCGACCUCCUGUCCGCGCUGCCGGACGGCGAAAAGGUGAUUUUGGUUGGGCACAGCGCAGGAGGGCUAAGUGUGACCCAUGCAAUGCAUUUAUUCAGCGAAAGGAUUAAGCAGGCAAUCUUCAUAGCAGCAACCAUGCUCCCGUUUGGCUACCAAACGGAACAAGACAUCAAAGAUGGCGUACCUGAUUUAUCCGAGCUCGGGGACGUGUAUGACCUAGCAUUUGGUCUUGGAAUGGAUCACCCGCCAACGAGUGCAGCACUGCGGCCAGAGUUCCAGCGCAUGAUCCUGUCCCAGCAAAGCCCCCAAGAGGACUCUGCGCUUGCCUCCAUCCUGCUCCGUCCAUGGCCUGCCGCCUUGAGCGCAGCCAGGUUUGGGAGAGGCGGCGGGGACAGCAGCGCAAUCGACCAGGUGCGGCGCGUGUACAUAACAACGGCAAAGGAUUGCAUGGUGAAGCCGGAGCAGCAGGAGGCGAUGAUUCGCCGGUGGCCACCGGGCAAGGUUGUGGCCAUGGACACCGACCACAGCCCCUUCUUCUCCGCACCGGAGCGUCUCUUUCAGCUCAUCGUCAAGUUACUGUGA